AUGCUGCGUCGUGCGCCCUACUGCCGCACGCCCUGCUCGUCGCGCUCCUUGCUGCCGCACGCUCUGCCUGACAUGUUACCUGUGCUAGCGCCCUCCUGCCGCGCGCCCUACCUGAUCCCUGCUCGCGUGUCGCGCGCCCUUCUUGCACACUACUUCUGCUGCUCGUCACCACCUAGCACUAUGGCCAUCCUUCAUGUUCUUCCAUUCGACACUGAGGGCCGCCUUGUAGAGUUCGAAUCCUGGCUAGAUGACUUGCAGCUCUACCUCAUUAGCACCAGCAAAGACGAGAUCUCCCUCUUUGACCACACUUCCGGUGCCCUAGCCGCUCCUGCUGACACAGCUGCCCUUAGCGAGUGCUCUCAGUGGCUGACGCGCGAUGCUGUUGCCCGCCUUGCUAUUCGCAACCACUUGCCGCUAGCGGAACUCAAGCACUUUGGCGAGCACAAAACCGCUAAGGCCCUGUACGACGCUGUAGUUGCUUGCUACUCCUCCCCUGCCACUGCUGCGCUCAGCCGCCUCAUGCUGCCGUACCUGUUCUCCGAGCUGUCGAGCUUUGCCACCAUAGCCGACCUCAUCACCCACCUUCGCUCUAGAGACGCUCGCGUCCGUGCCACACUCCGCAAGGAGUUUGUUGUCCAGCACCCCCCUCCGAUGUACUGGACGCUCCACUUUAAAGUGACCCGCCUCCCUGACACCCUUCGCUCAGUCAGGGACCACGACCUAGCGCGCUGUCCCUCCGACCUCACCAUAGACCUCCUAGAGGAGCACCUCUUAGCCGCUGAGAGCAACAUUGUUAGUGUGGCUGCUGCUCGUGGCGCUCCUCGCACCCCCAUCUUUGAGGGGUGCGCUUCUUCCCCUCUUGCCCCCUCCUACGCCACUGCUGCCGCUGUAGACUUCCUCGGAGACGACUCGGUUGGUGCUGCCUCCACUUCUACCGGGCGGCGCCUCACCGGCAAGGGCAAGGGGGGCAAGGGUGGUGGUGGCUGUGGCGACGGAGGAGGAGGUGGAGGAGGGUGGGGUGGCGGUGGGAGUGGAGGCAGCGGCGGCAGGGGUGCUGGUGGGAGUGGCAGCGGCGGUGGUGGAGGUGGUGGUGGUGGCGGCGGCGGUGGGAGUGGCGGUGGUGGCGGUAGCGGCGGUGGUGGAGGCAGCGGAGGCUGUGGCGGUCAUGGUGGAGGCGAUGGUCAGAGACAGCAACAGCAGCGGUCCCUUACGCCUCAGCAGCUUCGUGAGUGGUUGGCUCAUAGGGGUACGUCUGGGGGUACUCGCUGUCCGUAUGUCAUUCGCACUGGUGAGCGUGCUGGUCAGACAUGCGGCAAGCCCCACCCCCAGCAGCGUUGCUUCUCCCGCCUUGACGACGCCUGGCAAGAGGAGAUGGGUGCAGAGGUUGAGACCCCUCGCUGGUUUGAUCUGCUUAAGAAGGGUGUAGACAUCUUUGCUCUUGACUAUGAUGCUAUUCUUGCUGCCAUGUAUGCAUUGUCUGUUAGUGCUGAGGGUGACUGCUGCCUGUGUCUGCCGCCUGAUCCAGGUGCUGCGCCUUCUACCGCCUUGCACACCUUCAUUCUUGACUGA